UCCGAGGCAGAGCUGCCUCAGUCGUUCAGUUGGAAGCAACGUGCCGUCGGAUUGGGAAUCGGAGAAUCGCAGAAUCGGAGAAUCGCGCAGAACAGAAAUCAAAGUGCAUGGGAAAUACGUGCGUGAUUGCAAAAACUGUCGCCGGCUGCAACUGUGAAGUGCAAAGAGAGGCAGCGAGUGAAGAGUGUAUGCAAAUGUGAGUGCCAGUGGCGGAGAGUGAGAGCGGGGAGUGCCCCAUCAAAUCGCAUCAUUUGUCGCUGAGCAUCUGAUGCGACCGCUUGGUUCCGACUGCGCUUGAAGCUUGGAGUUCGUAUAAUACAAAGUCUCGGUGCCGGAUCGGUCUGUCGGUCUCUGGGGUGAAGUGUCGCGUCGUGACGAGUCUCGAUUUCAAUUAAAGACUGCUGCUGGCAGCUAUAACAUCUUAUUAAGUCUCGACUACUGGCCCAUUCAGAAGAUUAUCCAUAGACAAGCCAGCGAAAAAAAAAGACUGCUACCUCGGACUGACCCAGAAACUCCGGGGAAACUGGGUCAAAGUGCGGUACGAAACGGAAUGAACUUGGAACGAGGAGAGCAAAUAGUGCCAAAAAAAAAAAGCUGCGCCAUCGUAAGUGAGAUUCUCAGGGGAAUCUCAGGUGUUGCGGAGACACUUCCGUGGGUGGAAUACAUGACGUUGGUCCGCCCAUCAUGAAAGGCAUCUGCGGGGAGCAGCUCAACAACUGCAUGCUGCUGGGCGACUGCGAAAACGGUGGAGAUGGAGCCGCAGCAGCUGGAGUAGAAGAUGGAGUUGCUGUUGGAGGAGGCGGAGGCGGAGGAGGAGGAGGAGGAUUGGCCGCCUCAGCGCGCCGCGUCCGCUUACGGCAGGUGCAGAGCAUGGCCGUGCCCACGACCAGCGCCUACGACACCCUGGAGCGGCCCUACCGCCACGACAAGGCACGCGGACGCUGGGCCAAGUCGGCGGACUUUUACUUCGCCAGCUGCACCCAUGCCUUCACCCCGCUGAUGUUCUCGGAACUCCCCACCUUCGGCCUCGUACACGGCGGAUGGGUAUUAAUUAUUAUCGCCUAUCUUAUGGGUAUUUUCUUCUACUCCCUGCCCAUAUUUUUGAUCCAAGCAUUUCUGGGACAGUUUUCCACUUCCGGAUCGAUUUCAGCAUUUCGUGUGGCGCCCAUUUUCAAAGGCAUCGGAUAUUCCAUACUGCUCAUAAAUCUGGGUACACUCUCGUACUACAGCAUUGGGGCAGUGGUGCCGCUCAUCUACGCGGUCAACGCCUUGCACGCGGUGAUUCCUUGGACGCACUGCAACAAUACGUGGAACAGCGACGACUGCUCCACCCAUGACAACUACGAUCCCGAUAGUCUCGCUGUCGACCCACAUUCCACUGUGGAGUUCUUUCGGUCUAUGAUUGCCUCCACAGGCGAAGGCUCUACCGCAAUGACCAUCUCCUUGUCCAUGCUCGUGGCUGUGGGGGCCAUCUGGCUGCUGGUUCUGGCCCUCCUGCUUAAGCCUGUUGCCUUUAUUGGCAAGACCCUGCGUUGUGCCUGUGUCCUGAUGUUUGCCUUCUUUGUGGCCGUGUUCUUCUAUUUGGCCAUUCACGAGGGAGUGGACCUGGGAACCUUUCACAGCUACCUGCUGCCUCCGUUCUACAACGUGCAGGAUCUUUUGGGAGUCGGAAGCCGUGCCUUCGUAAUGGCCGGCCUGGCCCUCGGCCCCGGCUGUGGCAGCAUCAUCAAUCUGGCCAGCUACAACAGCUUUCGCAGCGACGCCGAGCGGAUGAGCGUCUGGGUGUGCCUGACCCAUGCCACCAUUGGCCUCAUGGCAGUGCUCUGCUGCAAUGUGGCCCACGAUCAUUUCGAAGAUCACGUGGGCAUGCUGCCGUUUCAUGUGGAUGAGAAGCAUGAUUUGCAGUACUUGUAUCUCAGCUUUUCGUAUCUUUUUGGCCGCUUUAGUACUGUGCCCAAUCUCUGGGCUUUCCUGUUUUUUGUCGUCAUCUUUCUGGCCGAGCUAUCAGCAUUGGUGAUCCAGCUGCUGUCUGUGGUGACAUCCCUGUUCGAUGAAUUUGAGUGUUUGAGGUCUAGAAAGAUGCCUAUUAUCUGUACGCUGAUCUUCUGCCUUGCGGCCACAUCCGUGUACUUUUGUACGCAGUUGGGCUUCAGUCAGUUGAAUCUGCUGCCACGAAUGGCCCUGUUCUCUAAUGUCCUCAUUUCGGGUGUUCUCGUGCUGAUGGCCACUGUGGUCUAUGGCCGAGUGCGCUUCCAGUGCGAUCUGCAGUUCAUGCUGGGCAAAACGAUCUCAAGCUUCACCAUAUUCUUCAUACGCUUUGGCACGCCAAUCUUUCUCGGGCUCUGUCUGGGUCAGCUCGUCUACUAUUUGAUAACCUUCAAUGAAAUCCAUCAAGGUGUCAUGUGGCUGAGCCAGGGACUGCUGUUCCUCCUGGCCAUCGUUUAUAUGGUCUACAGGGUGACCAAAACGAACGGCAGCUUUCGGCAGCGGCUGCAACAGUGCCUGGCGCCACAUGACUGGCAUCCGGUGGAUGCGGACAACCGACGCUUUUACGAGGAGAUCAUGGGCAUCUCCGAGAUGCUGGUGAUCGAUGCCAAUGCCAACAACACAUAGUGCCUGUAUCUUAGAAUACUCUUAGAAUCGAAUCAAAACAGCGCCUCCUCCCAAAGGGAUCGCAUUCGUACUUACUUAAGUCGCAGCCCCCAUGACACGCGAAGGACCUCUCUGCCGCAGGUCGCGGCGCGAACUGAAACUCACUUUUAUUAUACACCCAUACACGACAUCCCUCGGAAUCAAAACACGGAUCAAGGGCAAUUG